CGCAAAAGAUGCAACGGAACAAACAACGAAGAUUCGGCACAUGCUGCUGAUCUUCGCGUCCGUCCCACGAUUUGAUCGUCGGCUUCUUGUUUCUUACCAGUCCAGCAAGACACCACGGGAUUUCCUCAAAACAUGUCUACCAUUGCCUAGGUGUUGCCUUUGAUUAGACAUGCUCGCUUGUCUUACGCUCUACCACUGACGCUUGCAGCAGAUGUCUCUGCUUCCUCCAGUCUUUCAUUUCGCAUUCCACCUUCGAAAGCAAAUGAACAUUCCCUUCUCGUGAUCUCCGGCCAUUACUACAGUUGCAAUAUGGUCGAACUUGUCCCUCCUCCCGAUCCUCAUUCUCUACUGCCACCUCUACUUGCCUUUCUACCGACAUCCUUUGCGUCUCCUAGACCACCACCCGCGUUACUCCCUCUUCUUUCUCCUAUACUGCGGCAGCGCCUUGAUCUCCAUACUGCUGCGUCCUCCACAGAUAGCUGGGCAAGCCUCUUAUGUUGGGACGCAAGAGAGGGGCAGGUCCUCAAGGACAAGAUCGAGGAAGCUGUAUUCGAGCCACACCCCGUUUCCGGAGAGAUCGAAGUCGGGGAUCAUGAACAAAUCAAAUACAAGAGAUUUGACGAGGAAACACUGCGGGCACAAAUACCCCUGAUCGACUGGCCUUUUACGGCGCUAUACCUAUGGUGCACGGGAAGCGAGGAAGGGAGCGCUUGGAGGCUGGCGGAACUUUUACCACCCGAUGCAGACCUGCAGAGCGACCCUUCCUGGUCGACAUCGAUCGCGGAUGCCAAUGAGAGUGCAAAGGAAAGACUAGUCACAGAAGCCCUGCAAGAAGCAGACCGAGCAAAUGCUCGCUGGCGAGGGAAUCUCUCGGUUCCUCAAGCCGACGAGGACGAUUACUGGGCAAUGUACGACAAGUCGGAAGGUAGGACACCCGCUCGAAAAGCCUCGGUCGACCCACAUGCCAGUGGUCCCUCGGAGGACGAAUACUAUGCGCGGUAUGGCAGUGUUCAGCCUACAAUGGACGCCCACGACCCCGAUGAAGAGAUGGAAAUGGCUGGUUCGUCGACACUGAACGGACAUUCCCUGGAGCAUCUGCUAUCAGGAGGGCAAUCGAAUCCAUCUACCGACCGAGAUCCUCCGCCGUACCAGAAGUCUUUCGAAAAACAGGCUGAGGAGGAGAAUGUCGAAGUGAAUCAUCCAGCACCGUCAUCACCAUCUUCGGCGGGUUCAGAUACUGUUGCGCGGCUAGAAGAGCACGCAGAACGGUACGGAGCUUCCGAGGUCGGGAUUAGACAGCAUAUCAGCACCAGCUUGAAGAGCAUGUAUCGAUUAGCGAAGAGUGCGGGAAUGGAUCGUGACGAGUUUGAGCGCAUCGUUCAGCGUGAGUUGGAAACCCUGAGCAUUUUUGAUAGGCACGACUAGGGGAAACAACACCAGCACCCAUAGCUGCCGCUGUGGAAAUGCAAUCUAUCAAGAUCAAAAAUUUGGGAAAUGCUGGACACGACCGUCCUUGACUUUUCCGACAAUUGGCGAUGAUAUGUUCGUACUCGCGUACCGUGUAUUCAAGCCCCUUUUCGAAAAGGACGCGGAGCCUCCCACGUCAAGCGCACGGACCAAGUGUCGCGCGGUCUCGAAAAGUUUAGG